AAAAAUGUCACAGUAUCGAUCAUAAUCCUGAAUUUAUCAGCAGAAAUCCAUGUUUUGAAGUCAGCCAAUCAGCGUCGUUCAGCAAUUCAGCAUUCAGUAAAAAAAUUCAGCGUUUUAGUAUUACCCCUAACUUCUUACAACGGCAAGCAUGUGCUAAUAUAAUCUAACUUUUGCGCCUAGCUUCCCUGAACGCGCUUAUUUGCCUUCGAUUAUAUGAGUCAUUAACUAUUAGGCCACAUACUACAAAGAUAUUGUGAUUAUUACGUAAAAAAUAAGUUUGUUUGGAGUUUCGAAAAUAAUUUCUAAACUGUUGCUAUACAAAUCUAGAUGGGGCUACAGAUAUAGAAUAAUUCAAAUGGUUUAAGACUUGUCAAUCAAAUUUAAGAUGAAUCAUUCGCUCUCAUAACAACCAUUCCGUAUAGUAUGAUAAAGAAUGUAUUAAAAAAAUUAGUGACAUUGCACUAAAAAAAGUACUCGGCCCAUAAUUGUUGAAUGAAAUGAGAUAGCUAUACUGUAACUGAAGCACUGCCGAUAUAUAUAUAUAUAUAUAUGUCGCCUUUAAAGACUAUAAGGUCAAUUACUCGUGUAAAUCACAUAGUGGUUAUAAGCCAGUAAAGCGGAUUUUUCUUUCUUAAAGGGGUAUACAUUCGUUUCUUCAUUCUACUUCAAACGACUUUCUUUCGCACUAUCACAGAAAAAUUCUGUUUAAUAUUCCCGCCCCUAAUAUUGAACUUCUCCUGGCGGCCACCGAAUACCCAUAUUUUCGAUUGCAGUAAACUUGUACCGUAAUGCGAUCACAACAGUGCAAGUAUGGGCAAUUGCAGCACAAGUAUUUAAAAAGUUGACGAUACGGGUACACGUGUGCUGCGAUAGAGACACGUGAUGUUCAACAUCUUUUCUCCUUGAAUUGGAAAAUUAUGACUUAGUUUUAGAUUUAUACAGUGCUAUACUGUAUCAAUAUUUUUAAUGCGCAAAAGAACACAUUAGAAUAUGUUCGAUAUUUAAGAUCGUGUAAGAAUGGUACUGGAAUCCAAUCAUGCCAAUGUGUUGUUUUCGUUUGUUCGUUCAAUAUCGAAAUCAGUCGAACCACAUCAAGUACUUUCAUUAAAUAAGGUUGUUUUUCUAGUGAGCAUUCAACAAUUAUUCAGUUUCCUGUAAUAUUUUUCAGCGAGCAAAUACAUUGUUAACCAGUUUAUUGAAAAAAAUUCGUGAAAGCGUUCAACAUUCAACUUUAACGGUUGAUCAUCGAACAGAAAAUAUUAUUAUCGCAUUAGCUAUUCUAAUAGUGGAAGCAAAUGACCGAUUAAAACUAAAAUCAGAAAUAACCAAAGUUCUCCUAGAUUUUUAUCAAAAAUUGCCAACAGCCAAGUAUUAUGAAAUACCACCAUCAACCUAUAAACACCGUAAAUAUUCUAUUGAUAAAAUUUUUGUCAUUAAGCAUUAUGUAUUUUAUUAUGUUUUUUUAAUUCUAGCCUUGCCACCUGCCGAAACGUUUAGUUUUUGUAUUCAUACAGCCUUAACAGAAUUAGCAUCGCUAACAGAUGACACAAAAUUAAGCGAUAUUAUUCUUUCAGCAAUUACAGAUGUGAUAAAACAAUUUGUUCAACGUAUUGUUGAUUCUGCUAACAGUCAAAUAGCAACUACAAAAGAGAGACAAAAAUCUAUUUAUCGUUAUGAUAUACCAUUUUUAUUUGGAGCAUUACGUUCAAUUGGACGACUAUCGGCUACUGAUCAAACAUUAUUAUCUCAAUUAUAUCCCAUCAAUUUUUUACCUCCUACUCAAUCAGUUUAUAUCGAACAAUGUUCCACGUCCUCAUCAACAACGAAUACAACAAAUAAAAAAGAUAAAAUUAAACAACAAGACUUGAAAAUUCCAACAAUUGCCUUUCGUCCAAUUAUUCCAAAAGCAUUAUCUAGGAAUGUUUUAUCAUCCAAUGACAGUCAACAUUCAUCAUCGCUAACAAAUAUUGAACAAGAGUAUUUUUCGUCUACAAUGCCAACAGCUUAUAAUCAUUUAGCAUCAACAUAUCGAUCGUUAGCUUCUAUGGAUAAUGCUGAUAUUACAUUACUUGAAGAUGAUUUGCCACCAUCGGCUGUCUAUUUUUCUGUAAUUGGUUCAACAUAUCGUCGAAGUCAAAAAUGCAAUCUAUCAUCAUCGCUAUCGAGAUUACACCAAUCGAACUAUAAUAGAUUUCAUGCUUGUGUUAGUGUACAAGUAUUAGAGAAUUUUCUUACCAUAUUAAAAGCGAUUAAUGUUAAUGUUGUGCGAUAUUUGGACAAUAUAGCAAAAGAAGUUUAUUCUACCAAGUCUGCUCGACAUUUUCCCUAUGAAUUCUUUGGAGAUGUAUUAAUUUUGUGCACAAUCAAAUUCUUUCGAGAUAAUCUUGAAUUAUUAGACAGACUCAACGAACAUUUGGCAUCCGUUACAAAGACAACAUAUAUGUUUGUUCAACAAUUGAUCGUUUUCAAAUUGUUAGAUCUAGAAAAUGAUGAAUAUGAAAAAUUACCAAGUCGUUAUCGUACAAGAGUUGAUGCGGAUGCAGCUGCACUCGAAUUACUUUGUUUAUCGUGUGAUGAUGAAACAGAUCAGCGUCAACAAAAUGAGGCACUGAUAAAGGCUGAAAAAUUAUGCAGUAAAUGUUCAGAAAAAUUCAGUCAAGAAGGUUUAACAAUUAAAUUAUUAACUGCACAAAUGCCAUUAUUGGUGACAUCAUUAGAAAUUCUAAGUCGUUUAGCUGAAAAACACAAUUCAUUAGCCACGUACAGUAUACGCGUACUAUGUGAUUUCUUAACUGAACCAUCGCCAUUACUAUAUAAAUUAUAUCGUCAUACAAGUGCUAAAAUUGAUGCAAAAGAAAAAGAUUUGGUGCUAGGUGAAACAGUCAGAACAUCAAAAGAUUAUCGAGCUUAUCAAGUAUUUGAAAAAUUACGAGACGCAGCUAUUGAAGGUUUAUGCAAAUUAUUAUUUAUUCGACUAGAAUCAGAUCCAAAAUGUGUUGAAGCUCUACUUGUGGCAUUAUCUGCUAGACUUGCAUCUGGUCAUGUUAAUGAUAAUUCAAAUUGGAUGUUUAAUAUUAUAUUACUUGACGCUGCAGCGUUAAAACAUCGUGCAUCAAUUCGUCAAGGAUUAGACAAAGAUAAAUAUGAAACAUUAUUGCAAACAUCAUUAGUAUCUCAUAAUACAAUUUUAACACUUGGUCAUAUGUCAAUAGCAUUGAAAGAUGUUCAACAGACUCAACAGUCAAUAUUGGCACGUUUUCAACAACGAUUAGGAGAUCCACCAUCACCACUCGAUAUACUAAUUAUUAAUCAAAUUGGAUGUAUGCUUAUAUCAACUUUGAUCAGUCCACUAAAUAUUAAAAAUUUUGAUUAUCAAUCAACAUCAAUCAUGCAUUUACAAUUAUUAUCUUAUCAUUAUAAAAGUUUACCAAAAUUUCGUUUAUUAAAAAAGCAACAAAAAUAUAUUCAUUCACUAAAUCGACCAUCUUCUUCUCUGCCGUGCUCAAUUGUUAAUAAUAAUUCAUUUUUGAUCCCGUUUAUUAUGAAUAAAUUUCAUUUACUCACAUAUCAAAAUAGUCAUAAUUAUAAUCCAAAAAAAUGUCAACAACGACCAUACUUGUCAAUCAAUCAACAUCAUCUAUCAUUAUCACCCUCACAUAUAAUAUUUAAACGUUCACAGUUAUUACCUCAAUUUUGUAAAAGAAGACAAAAAGAAUAUCAAAUAAAAAAUGAUUUUCAAAAAAAAUCUUUAAUGAGAUCAAAUAAAACAAUCAAAACACGUUUUUGUGUAAAUGAUCCUAAAGCAACUUACGAUGAAAUUAUUGGACUUUUCACUGAAAUUAUUAUUGACUCAACUUAUAAUUCGUAUCCAACGACGAAUGACAGCACAACACAAAACACUACAGUAAUAAUAAAAUCUCAUCAUGCAACGACAUAUAAACAAGCACCGAAUGCUGUCAUAAAUGCCUUGGCGAAUAUUGCUGCAAAUAUUCAAGGUGAACCAGAAUUAACAAAUUUAUUAACAAGUAUACUCGAAUUAUUUAUUCAAUUGGGAUUAAAAGCAAAAGAAGUUAAUGAAAAAUCGACAAAAAACGCUCUGAAGGCUUCUAAUACAGCUGGUAGCCUUGGAGUACUUAUUCCAGUGAUUGCUGUCAUUAUGCGUCGUAUACCAGUGAUAACAGAACCUACUGAACGUUUACGUCGUUUAUUUCGACAUUUUUGGUUUUAUUGUAUAUUGUUUGGUUUCGCCGAUUCAGAUAAAGGUUUAUGGCCAUCUGAUUGGCAUGAUUGUGUAUGUUUGAUAGCAAUAAAAUCACCAGUACUCGUUGGUGCAAAUUCGCCAAAUAUAUCGUUAAAAAGCACAAUGCUAAUGAAAGGUGAUCAAAUUACGAAGGAAGAUAAUUCUGAAUUCAAGUUGAAAUUAAAUAACAUAUUUUCAUCAUAUUCAACAGCCAAGUCUUAUAUUGAUCGUUUUGGUUUUGAGCAAAGUUCAUAUAUAUUAUCUGUUUAUUUUUUGGAAACUUUAAGAGUUCGUCAUUCAACUGAUCCAGCAGCAUUUCAAUGUAUAUUUUCGUAUUUGGAAGAUCCUUAUUUAUUGAAAGAUAAAUACGGUCUAUGGACAUUGGUAACAGCUGUAGGAAGAAAAAUGUUUGAACUUUAUGUAAAUGAAAUGAAGAAAAUGCCAAAAAGUCCUGAACGUAACAAAAAUCUUGAAAUUCAAUGUCAAUUUUUAAUGGUUAAACGUACACAUGUACGACAAGUUGUUCGAGAUGAAGCUAAAAUAUAUUUACACACUUUGUUGUUAAAAAAUUCAUUUCCACAUUUAUUCUGUAGUUCAGUUGUUAUUGAAACAUUGAUGAAUAUUAUUAAUAUAUUGUCUUAUUCAAUGAAUGAGGAUGAUUUACAUAAAGUAACAGCACGCCAUGUUGUACCAGAUACAACAUAUGCAAUAGAAUUUGUUGAUACUGGUGAAAGACGACAGGCAUUAUUUAACGAUUUCUAUAUAUUUGGACGAAUGUUUGUCGAACAAGCACUGGUUUUAUCUCCUACAUUAAUGAAAUCUUGUAUUCAACAAUAUAUGUUAAAACUAGGUGGUAUGAGGAAAAAUUCAUCAGUAUCUCGACAACAUAAAGGUUUACAUGUUAUGUGGGAAUAUUUGAGUACACAUUCGAAAAAUGUCGAAGGUCUUAAUCGAACAGAAUAUCGUACAGCAUUAAAUCAAUUAAAAGAUCAAAUAGAAAAUGCACUGAAUAGUCGAAUGGCAUCUUUAAAUAAAUAUAAACUAUCACAACAACGAAAACGGCGAAUGUCGUUUGUAGCACCAAUUAAUGAUAAAGGCAUAGCACUCGAUUUUGAAGAAAGAAUAGCAAUAUUUGAUAGUGAUUUUCGUAAUGGUCUAUUUAAAAUAACAGCAAUGUUAAUAAAUAAUUAUGACGACAGCAGCGACGAUAAUCCUGAUUAUGAACUUCGAUUUACUUCAACUAGUGGAUACAUAAAUUCGAAUAAUCUCAAAAAAGGUAUCAAAAAUGAUUAUUUCACACUUAAUUCGUAUUCUCAUUUUAGCUUAAGAGUAUAUUUUACUGUUUUAUUAGAAAAUCCACUUGAUCGCGAUAUGGUACACAUUCUAACGUGGUUACCAGUUAAAAUGUUUACAGCGACUGUUAUGGAAGCGGCUAUUGAUUGUUGGUGUUGGGCUAUUGUUGCACGACCCGAAUUAGAACUAUUAAUUGUUGAAGAAAUUUAUAAAGUAUGGGAAAAAAUCAUUAGUGAUCGUCAUGGCCUGUAUUCUGUUGAUACACAUGAACCAUCACCAUUGGCACCAUCAGAAAAAGAUCAAUUAAAACCGUGUCCGCCUAUGGUUCGUCCACAUCGAAUAUUUCUUAAGUUUAUUGAAGAACGUAUUUAUUUAUGUAUGCAUAAAGCCGAUUUAGAAAUGGAAAUGUUAGUUGAUCUACUACAUAAGUCAUUAUCAUUGUUAUUAGAAAAUAGAAAAGCUCAAAUGACAAAACAUGUUGGAGCAGUUGGAUUAAGAUUUCAAUUUCUUUAUUUGGCUUUGUAUCUGGUUCAAAGUAAUUAUUUACCAAAUGGUAUUUCUAAAUAUUUAUUACGAGAGAAAAUUUAUCAUACAGCAUUUGAUUAUUUUACUGUUCGUCAUCAUUGUCCAACACAAAAUCAUAAUGAAUUGCGCGAUGAUAUUCGAACAUUAAUUAAAUUUUUUUCACUUGUACAUGGUGAAAAAAAAUUUUGUAAUGAAAUGCCAUUAACAGUUGAACUUGGUAAUUCAAUACCAAAUGGUUUAAAUAAUAAUGAUGUUAAUGGAGCAAUGGAAAAUGCAAGUGUUUAUGCAACAAUGAGAGGAGCUCCAGCUGGAUGGAUUAAUACAUUUGCUGGACCAACGGCAUAUGAAAUAGAACGUCUAGAAACAUUUCAUAAUCCACUAGGACGCACAGAAUUACAAUUUGAACCAGAAAUAUUAUCAACGUAUACGAAUUGGAAGUUAUACGAUAUUGUCGGUUUUACGACUAAAGCAUGGCACGAUUAUGCACGUUUAGCAUGGUUAAUAGCUCCUGAUCUAGCAAUUACCAUGUAUUAUAGUGUACCAAAAGAACCAUUACGUCAAGAAAUAAUGCGUUUAGUCAAAACUUAUCCGGUACAAGUUCGUCACAUUCCAGAAGCUUUGCAUAUAUUUACAUUGACAUCUGAUAAUGAUAAAUCGUGUGAAACUGCUCAUAUUUUAACAUGGGCUCAAAUAAGUCCUAUAGCGGCCUUGUCUUAUUUUGCUAGUGCAAGAUUAAAUCAAGUAGCAAAUUCGUACACGAUACAGUAUGCGUCUCGAAUGCUUUAUGUUACAAAGCCGGAAGCACUUAUUCUCUAUAUUCCACAACUUGUACAAGCUGUACGUUAUGAUGAGAUGGGAUUUGUUCGUCGUCUUAUAUUAGCUUUAUCUAAAAAAUCAAAUUUGUUAGCUCAUCAGUUAAUAUGGAAUAUUCGUACAAAUACAUUUAAAAAUGAAGAUACACCAGAUGAAAUGAUGAAAACAAAGUUAGAACCAAUAGCAAAACAAAUUGAAAUCGAUUUUACACAAGAUGCUAAACGUUUUUAUGAGCGUGUAUUUGAUUUUUCAAAUAAAUUAACAAAAGUGUCAGAUAUAAUUAAAGACUUUCCAAAAGGCAAUUCUCGAAAAGAAGUUUGUAUCCGAGAAUUGAAAAAGAUAGGUACCGAUGCACCAGAAGGUGUUUAUCUUCCAUCAAAUCCCGAAGCAGUCAUUAUUUCAUUAAUGCCAGAUAGUGGUGCACCAAUGCAGAGUGCUGCAAAAGCACCCUAUAGAGCAACAUUUCGUGUUCAAACUGUGGGCAUUGAACAAGUUGAACAGUGUGCUAAUGAAGAUUAUGAAUUAAUACCAGAUUUUGCUAAUCAAUAUGCACAAAUGGCCAUUUUUAAAGUUGGUGAUGAUGUUCGACAAGAUAUGUUAGCAUUACAAUUGAUGCGUUUAUUUCAAAAUAUAUUUCAACAAGAAGGUCUCGAAUUAUUUUUAUAUACUUACAGAGUUAUUGCAACAAGUCCAGGAAUGGGCGUCAUUGAAUGUGUGCCAAAUGCUCUUUCACGCGAAGAUAUUGGACGAAAUACAGAAGUUGGUCUAUUUGAGUAUUAUCGACAUGUUUACGGAAAAGCAGAUUCAGCAAAAUUUCAAAAUGCUCGACGAAAUUUUGUUAUAUCCAUGGCUGGCUAUUCUAUAGCUUUAUUUAUGUUACAAAUAAAAGAUCGACAUAAUGGAAAUAUAAUGAUCGAUAGUGAAGGACAUAUUAUUCAUAUUGAUUUUGGUUUUAUGUUUGAAUCUUCACCCGGUGGAAAUAUGGGAUUUGAACCAGACAUUAAACUGACAGCUGAAAUGAUUUUGAUUAUGGGUGAUUUGACGGCACCUGCAUUUCAAUGGUUUAAAGAAUUGUGUAUCAAAGGUUAUCUGGCAUUAAGACCAUAUCGUCAUCAUUUUCAAACAUUAGUUGCUCUUAUGUUGGAUACGGGUUUACCUUGUUUUCGUGGUCAUACAUUAGAACAAUUGAAUGCCAGAUUUAAACCAGAUGCAAGUGAAGCAGAAGCAGCUCGUUAUAUGCAUGAUGUUAUUAAUCGUUGUGCACACAGUCUAAGAACACGAGUCUAUGAUAUUAUUCAAUGGUAUCAAAAUCAAAUACCAUAUUGA